CUCCCUCUGUACGGCGCGUCCCCUUUAAGCCGGCGCAUGCGGAAGUGUUUAUGCGAUCCCAUUUUCUGUCGGAGGACGCGAAUCCCGCUCCGGCGACAGCGCUGGAAGUGAGCGACGACAGGAGCGGGACAUCAAGCCCCAAGAGAACAUGCACGAUGCGUAUCAGCGGAGAUUCCAGUGAAGCUGCGGUGCAGUAUCCCUGGCCUGAUGUCCUCGACUGUCCCUGGACGGUGAUAUUUGGCUGAGCUCAGAAUAACAGAUAAAGAGAGCAGAAACAGAGAGAAACAGAGAGAAAGAGAGGAGCGGAGCGGUGCUUGAAUCUCACGGACAGACAGGCGGCGGAGGAGCCGGUGUCUGGGGCUCUGCGGUUCGUACUGCCAGAUUAUUGAAGAGGAGGGGAGAGAGGGAGAGAGGCAGGCAGAAUUCUCUCUCUCUCUCUCUCUCUCUCUCUCUCUCUCUCUCUCUCUCUAGCCCCUCUCCCUCUCAGUGUGUGUGUGUGUCUCUCUGCUUCCUUCUCCCCUUCGUAGACAUACAUCUUCAUUAGCAGACAGGUCCCCUGGCUUGCUGACACUCAUUCCCGUUUCCCCUCUCCCACCUCCUAACUCAUGGCUUCACCCUCCCCUCCUACCUCCCCCUCCCCGUGCCCCCCACCCCCUCCCUCCCUGCCGUCCUCUCCAACCCCCUCCUCCCCUGGUCCUUCGGUACUCCCCCCUCCCCCCUCUCUGCCCCACGGGGAGGUCAUGGUUCUGGCUCUGGGCCGAAAGCGACAGAGGCUGCUACUCUUUCUCUCUGUCCUGCCCAACCUCUUCCUGUCCUUCCUGCUCUCCUCCGACCCCCUCCUCACUCUCUCUCCCCCCCACCGCUGCCGGCUGCCAGUUCCUUCGCCGUCACCGCAGCUCCUCAACUCCUCGUUGCCAUGGGAGACGGGGUCGCACCCCGGCGACCCCGGCCACUGGUCCCAGUGCCAGCAGUACGAGUUUGUAAAUGGCACCCAGGUGGGACUGGAGGCCUGUGAGAGCGGCUGGGAGUACAACGUGACGGAGGGCCUGAGGAACAACAUCGUUACCGAGUGGGACCUGGUGUGUGGUCAGUACUGGCUGGUGCCAGUGGAGGAGGUCUGCUUCAUCCUGGGCCUGCUGACGGGCUUCCUGACCCUGGGCUAUGCAGCUGACCGGCUGGGCAGACUGAAGACUCUCCUGGCUUCGCUCUCGCUGUCUGUCAUUUUUGGAGUGCUGGUGUGUGUGUGCCCCUCGCCCGCCGCCUUCAUUGUCACCCGCUUCUGCCUCGCUGCGGUCACUGCUGGAGUCUCCCUCACACUUUAUGUCACGCGUGUGGAGCUCUGUGACCCAUCGCUGAGGCUGCCAGUCACCAUGGCGGCAGGCCUGACAACCGUUGCUGGGGAGCUGCUGUUGCUGGGCGUGGCUCUGGGCUGCCAGUCGUGGCGGGGGCUGCUGGGAGUGGGGGUGGCGCCGUUGUCUCUCUUCCUGAGCUAUGGCAUGCCAGGGUUGUUCCCUGAGUCGCCCCGCUGGCUCCUCCUCUCCGAGCGGCCAUCGGACCUGCACUCCUUCAGCGACCGCCGGGAGCGAGAUGACGACAGCUUCACAGAGCUGGAGUCUGAAUCCCCUCCCUCUGGCCGCCCCCACCUGUCCUUCCCUGAGCUUCUGCGCAGCAGGAACAUCUGGAAGAACCUCUGUGUUCUGGGAUUCACCUCGUUUAUCUCGCAUGGCAUCAACCACUGUUACAGUUCGUUCCGCGGUGACGUCAGAGGCACCGCCCCUAGCUUCUAUUGGACGUACCUGCUUUCAGUCUGCGCGGGGGGUGGCGCCUGGCUGCUGCUAUGGGCCACCGUGGACCGGUGUGGUCGGCGUGGCAUCCUUCUGCUCACAAUGACAAUGACAGGACUGGCUUCGCUUAUCCUAUUAGGGCUGAUGGAGUACCUGACUGAGUCAGCCAUCACGGUCUUCUCUGUGCUGGGCUUGUUCUCUUCUCAGGCUGCGGCCUUCCUGUCCAUCCUCUUCACUGCGGAAGUCAUUCCUACAGUUAUCAGAGGCAGUGGGGUGGGCGCGGUUCUGGCCCUGGGUUGUGUUGGCCGCCUCAGCUCACCACUCAUGGAUCUACGCAAUCGCUAUGGCUACUUCCUGCAUCACGUAGUGUACUCCUCCCUGGCGCUACUGGCUGUCCUCUCCAUCCUCCUUCUGCCUGAGAGCAAGAGGAAGCCCCUGCCCCAGACACUGGCCGAUGGGGAGCAAUUCCGGCGCCCCCCGCUGGGCCGGAGGAGGAGGGACAACGUGCCCCUACUGGCCACGCCUAACCCAGAGACCUAGCGCCUGUUCAUGUUGUCCCUGUGGCACGGGGAUUGGAAGGCUUUGCUGUCCGUCAAAGCUGAGCGAUGCAUGAAAGAGGACGGAGGUGGGGCUAUGUAAAUACACAGCCUAUGGCUGACGCUCCCAGCAGCACGGCACUUUCUGUUAACCUAUAACAUUGCUUCCCCUCGGCGCCGCGCCCUGCCUUUCUGAGAGAUGCUGCGCAGUUUGCGUCCACCAUGUCCUGCUGGACUGCCGCAGUACUGACAUGCCUGUGUUCCAGAGGUCAACAUGGAAACUUCUGGAAGUUUCUGAGCAUCCCCCCCCCCCCCCCCCCCACGCUUCCUGCCUGAUUCCACUAGGAUGGUGAUAACGGGAUUCAGGAUACUCGCUGUCUGUGGGACACCCGUGUCCAGGCUCUUCACCCUGCCUAGAUGCCAGACUUAUCUUGCGAGUCCAUCACAGUGAGGGGUCGCCAUGGUCCUGAUGUAGCAAACGGAAGUACAUUAUGUCCCAAAUGCUGGAGAACUCAGACCCGGAACCAAAGAUUGUCCCUCUGAAGAGCCUGUAGUUCCGGUCCGGUCUGUUUCCUUUAUGUGUUUCCAAAGCCCACGCCUAAAGUGUCCCGAGUUCGCAUUUGGGUUCACUGGACCUUUGAACAUUCCGGUGAAAUACGGCAGUGGAUCUCUAGUUGGGUCUGGUUAAAUAUAAUCCUGUCAUUGCCCUGCAUUUCCUAUAAAUUAGGUCACAUUUUCUUAGUGAAUAACACAGAUCCAGAAAAGCACUGUGGUGUGCUGACCUGCAUGCAGAACAGCUGGCUGCCGGUACCUGCUGCACUUCCUCCAGCCAUAUGGGGGCGGUGUGUGUUUUAAAGGCCUUGACUUCAAUGUGGGGGGUUCGCUGGGUGAGGGGCCACUUCAGGGGCUUCUUUUAACAUAAAUGAAGGUAUAAAAGGGAGUGAGGACCCCCCCCCCACACACACACACUUAGACUGAACGGUUUGUCAUAUUUCUUAGUUCCAUUUUGAUGACCUUGCAUUUUCUAAACAGUAGUGACAAUAAAAGGUAACAAUGGUAAUACGGUGUAUGGCUACUGUGGUAAUUAUUCUAAAUUAUAACCAUAAAGUAAUAACAGUGAUGUAAUUAUGUUGGUAAUUAUCUGAUCUGAUUUAAUUCAAAAUAAAAGCGUAAAGUCUU